GUUAAGUUACCCGCCGUUAUGAACAACGCCUAUUUUUGUUUGAUUUGUAUUAUCAGAUUCAAUUGGAAAACAAAUUCGGUUGAAAUCUAAAACCCUAAAUUUACAGAUUCCAGUUCACUGACACAACCCGCCAAUUUCGAAUAUUUUCUUUUGUCUUCGAAUCAAUUCUACCAUAAAUUGACCUUUUUUAUUUAAUUAGUUAUCAAAAAUGGCCAUGGCUGGCCUGUACAGACGACUCCUUCCUUCUCCUCCUGCAAUCGACUUCGCUUCCUCCCAAGGAAAGCAACUUUUUAUGGAAGCAAUUCAUAGUGGAACCAUGGAGAACUUUUAUAGAUUGAUUUCUUAUUUUCAGACACAGUCAGAACCGGCCUAUUGUGGAUUGGCCAGCCUGUCCAUGGUGUUGAAUGCCCUAGCUAUUGAUCCUGGAAGAAAAUGGAAAGGACCUUGGAGAUGGUUUGAUGAGUCUAUGUUAGAUUGCUGUGAACCUUUGGAAAAAGUUAAAGCUCAAGGCAUCUCAUUUGGGAAGCUUGCAUGCUUGGCUCAGUGUGCUGGAGCCAAAGUUCAAGCUUUCCGUACAAAUCACUGCAGCAUUAGCGAUUUCCGUAAGUAUGUCAUGGAAUGUUCCACUUCAGAUGAAUGUCAUUUGAUCUCAUCAUACAAUAGAGCAGCUCUGAAACAGACAGGAACUGGUCAUUUUUCUCCUAUUGGUGGUUAUCAUGCUGGAAAGGACAUGGCACUUAUCUUGGAUGUUGCACGUUUCAAAUAUCCUCCCCAUUGGGUUCCGUUAACAAUUCUAUGGGACGCCAUGGAUAAUGUUGAUGAAACUACCGGACAACGUAGAGGGUUCAUGCUUGUAUCUAGGCCUCACAGGGAGCCUGGACUGCUGUAUACCCUGAUUUCAUUCUUGGGCUUCUGGCAGAGCUGCAAACAUGAGAGUUGGAUUGGUAUUGCCAAAUACCUAAUGGACGAUGUCCCUCUUCUCUUGAAAUCAGAAAGUGUGAAGGACAUUCAGAAAGUUAUCUCUAUUAUUUUUACUUCUCUCCCAUCUAAUUUUGAGGAGUUCAUUAAGUGGGUUGCAGAAGUUCGAAGGCGGGAGGAUGGUAGCCAAGGUGUUAGCCCAGAGGAGAAGGCUAGACUUUCUGUCAAGGAGGAAGUAUUGAGACAGGUUCAAGGUACAGGCCUUUAUAAACAUGUAACGGCAUUUCUGUCAUCCACAAAUUCUUGUCGCAGAAACUCAGUAAUCUCUGACAGUGGAGAAAAUUUACCGGACAUAGCUGCAAGUGUCUGUUGCCAAGGGGCAGAAAUUUUAUCCGGUAAGUCUGGUUCACAGGGCUACUGCUGUCAGGAAACAUGUGUUAAGUGCUUGCAAGCUAACGGCAGCAAGCCAAUCACAGUAGUAUGUGGGACUGUGGUAAAUGGCAACUCCGAACAGGGGGUUGACAUGCUAGUACCUUCCUCCCAGUCAAGCUCAAUGUGCCACUGCUCUGGCUCUAAAGAUCACAUUUGGUUUCAGCACCCAGCCGGAAAUGAUGUUUUAACAGCACUUCUUCUGGCAUUGCCUCCUGAGACAUGGUCUGGGAUCAAAGAAGAGAACCUUUUGCAGGAAAUAUAUAGCCUUGUGUCAACUGAGAAUCUUCCCAAUUUGCUGCAAGAAGAGGCAUUGCACUUGCGUCGUCAGCUUCACCUUUUGAAAAGAUGCCAAGAAAAUAAGGUGGAUGAGGUUCUUUCUGCACCUCUCUUUUAGUACCCAAUUUUUUUUUUUCUUUAUAUAUGCAAAUAGGGUAUCACUAAGGAGGUUGUAGAAUAAGAAGUUUAGACCACAUGAAGGCCAUUCCUGUAGAUUAGAUUAGUCAUAUCAAAAUGGGCAAGCAUUUAAUGUAGGCAAGACUCUCAUUAUAUGGACUGUUGUAUUGUGUAUCAUAGAUUAAGUUGACAUUUUUCUUUUUUAGAGUUUAGAGAGUUUGACAAGUACAGGUUUUCUCCUCAAAAACACACAAGUUUGUAUUCUCAUCUAUCUUUGUCACCUUAUUCUA